AUGGGUGAACGGAAGGUGCUGAAUAAGUAUUACCCUCCCGACUUCGAUCCGGCGAAGAUCCCCCGGAGGAGGCAGCCCAAGAACCAGCAGAUCAAGGUCCGCAUGAUGUUGCCGAUGAGCAUCCGGUGCAACACCUGCGGGACUUACAUCUACAAGGGGACCAAGUUCAAUUCACGCAAGGAGGACGCCGUCGGCGAAGUAAGAUUGAUGGCUUCCCUGUUUAUUGUUUAAUAUAUUCUGGGCAUUUUCUUCACGGAAUUUAUGUUUUCUUGGCGACAACCGCUCUACCUGGUAUGAACCUGCUCUCUAGAAUGGAGAUAUGAACAUCCUUGGGCAAACCAGAGGGUGAAACUUCUGCUAUCCCCAUCUGCCCACUUUGUUAUUUAGCAUUUAGAGUCGAAUGGGAGCGCUGCGAUACUCAGAUUAUGUGCACUUCAGAUUUUGUAAAGUCUCAGGUAGCUCUACAAAAUUUAGGCUAUGUUUGGUGGAGUGUUUAUAAAAUAUUUCUAGUCAUGAUCGCUCAAACGUGCGUGUUAGGCGAUAUCAGGUCUGCCACCAGAUAGCUUUUAGUGAAGGAAUUGUGCGAACGGAUAAAUCCAUUGAAUACCUCUCCCCAUAAUACAAUCUUUUCCUGGAGUUGCUUCCGUGCCCUGAGAGUUCUUAUCGUUCUUUCGAUUCUCUGAACUGAGGAAUCAGAUUUUUCAUCUCCUAUCCGAUUUCUAGCUGUCAUCCGUCGCUUGUUAUUUUUCCUGUUUCUUUCGAUUAGAGAUGCACAGCCAUUUUACUUAUCCGGAAUAAUAUUUCGUCCUUCCCAUUUUUUUGUUCAAUCUUUUACUUGAUUUCUUAUACAAAAAGUGUCAUCCUAUGUAGUAAUGAAUGCAUGGCACACCUGGGAAAGUAUUGGUCCUAAUCUCAUACCAAAUCGUGUUGCAUAAUUAGAACAUGCAUAGCGGCAGGUUGUGUUUCAUUAUGGUUAGGCUAACAGAUGAUCAUUUCAAUGCAUCGUUGUUUUGCAGACAUAUUUGGGAAUUCAAGUAUUCAGGUUCUACUUCAAAUGCACCAGAUGUUCAGCUGAACUCACAUUUAAGACGGAUCCCCAAAAUAAUGAUUACAUUGUUGAGUCCGGCGCCUCCCGUAACUUUGAACCUUGGCGGGAAGAAGAUGAGGUGUGCCCUUCUGAUUCCCUGGAAGGCUGGUUUGUCUUGUUGGGCUGUCUGUAACGAUUCACCGAAGGGUGCUUCGGUAUUUUAUUAAUUUUCAGUUUUAUUUGCCUUUGACUAACCGAUAUUUUCUCAUGCCCUCCCCCCCCCUCUGUCAGAAAGUUGACAAAGAGAAGAGAAAAAGAGAAGCUGAGGAAAUGGGUGAUGCUAUGAAGUCUCUAGAGAACAGAGCAGUGGAUUCCAAAAUGGACAUGGACAUACUUGCUGCUCUAGAAGAAAUGAAGUCCAUGAAGGUAGAAGCCGUACUUGGUUAUUAUUCAGAGUUUCCAGUGGACACAAUGUUUAAUAUUAUAUAUGUUAGAAGUGAUUAG